AUAUACCAUAUGUACAUUAGUAAAUAAUUGGACAGGUGACAGCUUAGUGAAUUGCGUUAAUUUUGUGCUAAAUAUUUAAUUGAAUCUCAUUAGAAACUGAAAAUGCCAGAGGCUAAAGAUAGCACAGCGAAGUCUUUCAAACAGAGGAAAAGUUUUGCAACAAGAAAGGAAGAAGUGGCGGGUAUCAGGGCAAAAUUUCCAAAUAAAGUGCCUGUUAUAGUAGAGAGAUACUAUAAGGAACAGAGUUUACCAAUCCUAGACAAGACAAAAUUCUUGGUACCAGAGGAGCUUACAAUGUCACAGUUUGCAACUAUCAUCAGGAACAGAAUGUCUUUGAAUGAAAACCAGGCUUUCUACUUGAUUAUAAACAACAAGAGUAUUUCCAGUAUGUCCAUGUCGCUUGCCGAAGUCUACCGAGACGACAAAGACGAAGAUGGCUUCCUUUAUAUGACAUACGCUUCUCAGGAAAUGUUUGGUUCACUGUGAAAGCUAUAUAUAGUAACAUUGGAAGUACUGUAUGUUUACCAAUCUGUCAAGUCAGUUAAAGACAUAAAUAAAAAAGUGCUGCAUUUGACAUAAGUGGAUUUUUUAAUUAGUUCAGCAGUUAUUAAGGUUUUGGAAACACUGCAAUUGUUUAAUUGUAACGAGAUGUAGUGCCUUCUAAGCUUAUAUAUGACUGACUUGUACAGAGUUUAUACAGUGCUUGUUAUUAUGGAUUUCACCAAAUAUUCUAUGAAACUGUGAUCUGAAACUUUUGUUGUGCUAUAUGCGAGUGUUCUUUAUAUAUGUGGGAUAAUGCAGAUGUUUAUUAUAUUUAUCAACCACAUGACCAUAAGCCCACCUAAGGUUCUGUAUUGUAAAAUGGGGGCAUUCAUAUUAGUUUAUUCAUGAAAAAUGCGAAUGGCAUUCCAAUUUGUUGCAUAUAUAUAUUUGAAUAGUUAUAGAUUCUAAAUGUAUGUGCCAAAUAAUUUAAGUCUUUAUAUGAUAAAGAGAGAUAGGGCUUCUAACAUGUAAUAUACUUUGGCCGUGGUAAACUUGUGAGAAGACAAGAGUUGUCUUUUCUAAGGAAAGUAUUCCAUGGAUUAAUGCUAAGUUAUUGUUAAGUACAGGUAUUCAUCAGUAGAAAUCCAGUUAUAUUUUUGUCAAAGCAUUUUUUUUUUUUUUAUGUUACUAUCAACAAAUUAACUUGGAUAGACUUAUCUCACCAAAAGAAGUAACUUGGACCUGUUACCUCAUGUAUUAACCUCAAUGAAAUUUAACAUGAUAUUAUUUCAUUAAAACAUCACAGUGUCGUAGAUAUUUUCCUAUUUCUGCUAUAGCAAUGCAUUCUGUUUAUACCAGUGGUCUUUAUCAAAUAGCAUUUUUAAAAAGAUUUUUUUCUUCAGAAUUUGGGAAGGAAGCUAUACAAAUGAACAAAUGUUCAUUCAGCAUUUGUGAAUAAAAUUACAUAUGCUUGAAUCUUUUGAAAAAACUCUAUAUUCCUGUUUCUGCAAACAUUGGUAAAAUGAAAACGUCAAAUCUGUCUUUAACCCUUAUCAUGCUGGACAGGAUUGAUUCUGCCUUUUGCAGAUUUUGAUCAGCCUGUACAUCCAUGCAGUCUGAUCAAGAUCUGCACUGUUUGCCAUUCAGUCUGUAUCUUUUUGGUAA